AUGACAUCCACCCUUGACGAGCCACCAGAUGGCCUCAUCGGCGGCUACAAAGGCGGCAACUUCGUCGUUCGCAUCCUAAUGAUCGUCUUCUCCUCCAUCGCCCUCUACAACGCCAUCGAACUCUUCAUCCUCCUCUUUCUCACCUUCCAACACUACCGAGGCCUCUACUUCUGGACCCUCCUCCUCUCCGUCACCCUAGGCGUCAUCCCCCACACCGUCGGAUAUAUCCUCGAAUUUUUUGCCCUCGCUCCACUAUGGCUCGGCCUCACCCUCUCCACCAUUGGUUUCUAUUUCAUGGUUCCCGGCCAAUCCUUCGUCCUGUACUCGCGCCUCCAUCUAGUCGUCCAAAGCCAGACAGUCCUUCGCUUCGUCCUAUGGCUCAUCAUCAUCGAUGCGAUCCUCCUCCUCAUCCCGACAACAGUACUCACCUUCGCCACCGCUUACGUCCGAACAGUCCCAUUUAUCCGCGGCUACAAUGUCAUGGAAAGAAUGCAACUAGCCUGGUUCUGUGCGCAGGAAUUUGCCAUCAGCGGCAUAUACAUCUCAGAAACAAUCAAACUGCUCAGCCUAAUGCCAGAAAAGGAUCGGCGCAGAUCAAGAAUCAUGUACGAAUUACUCGCCAUCAAUUUCGUCAUCAUCCUCCUGGACGUCGGUUUACUUCUCGUCGAGUAUAUCGGUUACUACUCUCUCCAAACGACGCUGAAACCAAUGGUCUACAGCAUCAAGCUGAAGCUUGAAUUUGGCGUCCUGGGAAAACUUGUUUCCCUGGUGCAGACGCAACGGUCUCAGCCUACUUCUCUGGAGCACGAUGAGUAUCCGGGAUUCGUGGAUCCGUCGCAGUUGACCGGUGAUGUUACGCAUGCUGCGCCUAUCGAGUCUGCUGGUCGGCGCGAGUCCCGGAGAAGGCAGCGGUUUUCCUUGGGGGAUGAAUAUGAAUAA